CUCGCCGAGGAGGAGCAGCAGCAGCACCGGCAGCGGGGGCGGUGUAUGUGCGGGCGCGCCUCGGCCACGCAAGGAGCGGCGGGGGGCUGUCGCCGCGCGGAGCCGGGAGCGAGAGUGCGCGGCCGGGGCACGGGGCAGCCGGGCCGGGCGUGCGGCUGCUGCUGCUGUUGCUGCUGCUGGGCGCGCCCGCCGAUGCCCAGGGCACUGCCCCCCCGGAGGAUCUGCCGCGUCCGGCUCUUGGCCAGGGGGCAUCGCCCGGGCGCGGAGGAGAAGGCGGCGGCGGCAGCGGCGGCUCCGGCCGCGCCCGGGCCACUUUCCUGCGGCGCGCCGGGCAUGUCGGCGAGGCGGAGAAGGACGCCGGCCGCGCGUGGGAUCUCCCCCGGUCGUGGCUCCGGGCAGCGCCCCGCCAGCCGGCAGUGAGAUGCGGCAGGCAGCCAGGGCCGCCGGGCGACCUCCUCUCGGUUGCGCGCAGGUCGAGCCCUGGAGAGGGAGCUCCGCCGGGAUGUUUCCUGCGCCGAGAAGCCCUGCGCUGCGGCGAAGGCGCUAGGAGGCGGAGGCACCGCGAUUGCCGAAGACCCACCGACCCACCGAGGACUGCUGGCCGUUGGCGGCCGCCCCUUCGCCUCGAUCCCCCCCACCCCGUCCCCUGCCCGGCUUCUUCCGACGGGCUGGACGCUCCAGCGGAAAAGAGGACCCGCUUGGCACCUCCUGGAUCGGCCUGGCGAGUUCCAUGUGGAGCUGGACUCGAUGGACGUGCCCGAGUGUGCUUCUUAGGCGAUCGGCGGGACCCUAAAGGUUGCUGACCAUGGUUGCUGGGACCCAUUCUCUACUAGCACUGCUGCUUUAUCAGGUGUUGCUGGGUGGUUCGGCCAGCCUCAUCCCAGAGGUGGGUGACCGGAGAAGGUUCAGUGGCGAUUUGAUCCGGGCUGCUCCAUUGCAGCUCUCGGAAGGGAUCCUGCAUGAAUUUGAGCUGCGCCUGCUCAAUAUGUUCGGUCUUAAGCGGCGGCCCACACCGAGCAAGAACGCUGUAAUCCCUCCCUAUAUGUUGGAGCUGUACCACAUGCACACCAGCCAGAAACCAAGCCCCAUGGACUACAACCUGGAGAGAGCUACUAGCAGGGCCAAUACCGUCCGAAGCUUCCACCAUGAAGAGACCCUGGAAGAUCUUCCAGAAAGAAGAGGGAGGACGUCCAGACGUUUCUUCUUUAACUUGACUUCUAUCCCAAGUGGGGAGUUUAUCACUUCAGCUGAGCUUCAAGUUUUUCGGGAGCACCUCGAAGAUGCCUUGGAAACCAAUAGCAGUUCUUACCACCGUAUUAAUAUUUAUGAAAUAAUCAAGCCAGAGAGUGACGCUUCCAAAGACCCCGUCACAAGACUUUUGGACACCCGCUUGGUGCACCACAGUGCCAGCAAAUGGGAAACUUUUGAUGUCACGCCCGCUAUCGUGAGAUGGAUUGCACACGGACAACCUAAUCAUGGGUUUGUGAUAGAAGUGGUCCAUUUGGAAAAUGAAAGUGGCACCUCCAAGAGACAUGUCCGGAUCAGCAGGUCUUUGCAUCAGGAUGACGCUAGCUGGUCUCUGUUUCGGCCACUACUAGUCACCUUCGGCCAUGACGGAAAGGGGCAUUCUCUCCAUAAGCGAGAGAAGCGCCAAGCCAAACACAAACAACGCAAGCGGCUUAAAUCCAAUUGUAAAAGGCAUCCGUUAUACGUGGACUUUAAUGAUGUUGGGUGGAAUGACUGGAUAGUGGCCCCGCCUGGUUACAGUGCCUUCUACUGCCACGGAGAAUGCCCUUUUCCCCUGGCAGAUCAUCUGAACUCCACCAAUCAUGCCAUUGUUCAGACUUUGGUCAAUUCAGUGAAUUCCAAGAUCCCCAAAGCCUGCUGUGUGCCGACGGAACUGAGCGCCAUUUCCAUGCUGUACCUGGAUGAGAACGAAAAAGUGGUACUAAAGAACUAUCAAGAUAUGGUUGUGGAGGGCUGUGGGUGCCGCUGAUGUGGUCGCAGUGGUGGCAGCAGCAAAAGACAUAUACAAAUCAAAUAACUUGACACUUUAAUAUUUUCCCAAUGAAGACUUUAUUUAUGUUAUGAAAUGGAGAAUUAAACACAACUAUUUUGGAAAAAAAAAUCUAUUUAUGUCUACAGAAAAAAGUGAGGAAAAAUAUUUUAAUCAGAGAAUUAUUCCUUUUAAAGAUUUUUAAACAUAUUUUAGUUGUACAUUUUAUAUGGGUUUAACCCUCUUCCCCCCCCUUUCCCCCCCUCAGCACAUGAAGUAUAAUGGUCAGAUUCUUAUUUUGUAUUUAUUUACUAUUAUAACCACUUUUUAGAAGAAUAGCUAAUUUGUAUUUAUAUGUAUAAUCAACAAAAAAGCAGAAGAAAAAAAAAUAUAGGGUUUGUACAUAAUUUUAAAAAAAACCAACAAAAAACAAAUGGUAGCUGUUUCAAUUGUGUGUAUUUAAGCUGAAAUGUGUACAUGGAAGGGUUACUGUGGCAAAGGUGCGUGAUGCAUUUUGCUUUCUGCAGUUCUACUGUUUUAAGGUCACAAGUGCAAACCCCAUGAAAAGUGGCUAAUCCACCCUGCUGACUCGAGAUUAUAUUGUACAAUUCUCAGGAAUGCUGCAGGGUGGGCUGCCCAGUCCAUGAGAAACUGGCAUUCCCCCCCGCCCCCCCCCCCCCCCGCCCCGAUUGGGAGCAUUUGGAUAAGAACCAGACAUUGCUGAGCAAGGAGAAACAACUGCUAUUCCUCAUGAAGGUGUGAUGUGACCACCAACUGGGUUGCUAGAAACUUCUCUCUUCUCCCCUCCCCUUUUCUUUCUCUCUUUCUCUCUCUCACACACACACCUACAGAAAAGCAAAAUGUUUAUGCUGUACCUCCCAUUUUAAGUAGUUCAUCCAUUGGAAACCUUGUCCUGGCCAAAUACUAAAUAAAAUACCAGAUUUCUUCA